AUGGCAGAUGUUCUGGAUGUUAUCAUCAUAGGAGCCGGUCUCAGCGGCCUCCAGGCCGCCGUAGACCUACAGGAAGGCGGUCGAACUUUUGCCGUUCUCGAGGCUCGGAACUGCGUCGGGGGCAAGACAAGAUCUGUGCAGCGGUCGGAUGGGAAGGGCGUGCAGGAGAUGGGUGCUGCAUGGCUCAAUGAUAGCAACCAGGCGCGUGUUUGGAAAUACUGCCAAGAGUUCGGCCUAACGCCCGUCUUGCAAGCGAACCAGGGACUGGUGGCAAGCGAAGACGAAGACGGGACGUGCCAUUUCUUCCCUUUUGGCGCCAUGCCCAACUUCUCAGCGUCAGAAGUUGACAACAUCACCGCAAUUCGAGAUGUUGUAGAGGCGGCGUCCUUGGACCCAGCAUCAUACCGUCAACCAGAGCGCUCCCGGCUCGAUGGCAUCACAUUCGAGCAAUUCUGUCGCGAUGCCGGGGCCGGGACUCGCGCCCUCAACACCGCCAGGCUUUGGUGCCGCGGCACGCUCGGCCAGGAUCCCAACGAGGUCUCGGCGCUCUCCUUUCUGGAGAUCGCUCGUGGUGGGCUGGGUAUCAUCAAUUUGAGGUACGACGGCAAACACGGCGCCCAAUAUCUCCGCCUGGAGGAGGGUACGCAGGCCAUCGCCAUUGGAAUCUCCAAGAUGCUACCUACCGGAACCAUUCAUCUCAACACCGCGGUCAACACGGUGACUCAAAACUCGUCGAACCUUUGUACUGUCACGGCGACCCGAGGCCAGGUCUUUAAGGCGCAAAAAGUCAUUGUCAGUAUCCCCGGGCCGUCGUACAAGAACAUCACAUACAGCCCACCGCUACCGCCGCUGAAACACAUGUAUGUCACGGCUUCGAGAUAUGGUUUCUACCUCAAGUACAUCUGCUUGUUCAAGAGCCCCUUUUGGCGACGACAAGGCUCGUGUGGUUUGGCACAGAGCUUCAGAGGUCCUUUGAACCACUGUCGCGAUACUUCAGUUGACCAUGCCGGCAACUACGCGCUGACGUGCUUCAUUACGUCCGCUCCUGGGCGAAAGUGGGCAUGCCUGAGCGACGAGGAUCGUCGAAAGACUGUGCUCAAGCAGCUGGGCUCCCUAUUUGGCGUAGGACACGCGGCAGUCGAGACGGAGCUCUUAGAUACCAUCACCUCCGAGUGGGUGGAGGACCGCUGGGCCGGCUGGGGCUGCCCAGUGGCCGCAACCCCACCCGGGGUCAUAGGCUCAAGUCUCGAUGGCGAGAUGAUUCAGGAGAAGUUUGGUGCAAUUUACUUCAUCGGAACCGAGCUGGCUGAGGAAUGGCGGGGAUAUAUGGAAGGGGCACUCCAGAGCGGAGAGCGUGGUGCAGCACAGGCUUUGGAAGAUUUCCGUCUGCAAGAUACGAGGCUAUAG